GCCGGUUUGAUGCUAAAGGAUCGGCCAGCUGCCCUUAGCGUGGGUGAAGGCCAAGUGAACUUCGACUGGGCACCACAAAGCACCAAGGAAGCCAGGCAAGAAGCUCGUUCUGAGGCUUCUGAGACAGGCCCUGGUCCCGUCCUGAGAGACGGAUGGGAGGGUGACUCCAGUGAAGAUCAGUGA